UCCGGCUCCCUCCCCUCCCCUCCCCUUCCUUCCCCCCUCCCCAUUCCUCCCUUUCUUUCUCUCUCUCCGCACACACUUUCCUUCCUUCUUUCUUUCCUUCCUUCCUUCUUCCUACCAAGCCUGGCGUCGUUGUGCAGAAACAAUGCUGAGUGAAGCUCUAGUCUUCUAAACAAGAAGGAGGAAAACACUGUUUUUCAUUUCUUUUUCCCCCUCUUAUUUUUUUUUUGGGGGGGGGGAGAAAAGGAGCCUUGGUUGGGUGUAUUUAAUUUUUUUUUUUGGCUUGGAUAGAUUUUUCUUCUUUUUUUAAGCAACGGGAAAAGAGGAUUUGGAAGCGCCUCCCGCCGAGCGAGCGAUGCUUUCAAUCGUGCCUCUGUUUGCAAGAAUUGCAGGAUGAAUAGAGACUGCGAUGGAGAGAAAAGGCGAUUCAAGCCGCCCGAAUAAGGCCGCCUUCCCAAAGGGACCCUGAAGUCUGUGCCAGUGGCUCCCGCGACGCCUGGAGAAGAGUCGCCCCUCGGCAGCCUGCCUCCUCCCUGGUGGCAGCUGCCCCUCCGAACCUGCUUGUGCAAUGGGUGGGUUGUGAGUACUGGUAAUGAGGAGCUGUGGGCCCAGUCAGUCUUGGAGAUGCCGAAGAGACGCGACAUCCUGGCUAUCGUGCUGAUAGUUCUUCCCUGGACGCUGCUCAUCACCGUCUGGCACCAGAGCACGAUAGCUCCACUGCUCGCAGUGCACAAGGAUGAUGGUGGAGAUUCCCGUCGCGACUUCUCCCAAGGCUCUGACUCCAAGGAGUACUGUCUGUCCGACCGGGAUAUUGUGGAGGUGGUUAGGACAGAAUAUGUUUACACACGCCCGCCUCCCUGGUCAGACGCCUUGCCUACCAUCCAUGUUGUCACACCCACCUACAGCCGGCCGGUCCAAAAGGCCGAGUUGACACGGCUCGCCAACACUUUUUUGCAUGUCCCGAACUUGCAUUGGAUCUUGGUGGAAGACUCCCAGCGGCGGACUCCUCUUGUCACCCGCCUCUUGAGGGACACUGGGCUGAACUACACGCACCUCAAUGUGGAGACACCUCGCAACUAUAAGCUGAGGGGGGACAUGAGGGACCCUCGGAUCCCCCGCGGGACAAUGCAAAGGAAUCUGGCCCUACGGUGGUUGAGAGAGACAUUUAAUAGAAACAACAGCCAGCCUGGGAUUGUUUACUUUGCAGAUGACGAUAACACCUACAGCUUGGAACUCUUUGAGGAGAUGCGGAGCACCAGGAAAGUGUCGGUGUGGCCAGUGGCCUUUGUGGGGGGCUUGCGCUACGAAUCGCCCAAAGUCAAUGCUGCGGGGAAAGUGUACGGCUGGAAGACCGUCUUCGACCCUCAUCGGCCCUUCGCCAUCGACAUGGCAGGCUUUGCUGUGAAUCUCAGGCUCAUCCUCCAGCGACCUCAGGCUUACUUCAAACUGCGAGGGGUGAAGGGCGGCUACCAGGAGAGCAGCCUUCUCCGGGAGCUGGUGACCCUGAAUGACCUUGAACCGAAAGCUGCCAAUUGCACUAAGAUUCUCGUCUGGCACACAAGGACGGAGAAACCGGUACUGGUGAAUGAGGGGAAGAAAGGCUUCACAGAUCCCAAUGUGGAAAUCUGACAUCAAGCAGCAGAGACAGUUUAACAGCAUAUUCCCUUUUGCGGAGUCUUGAGCCAGCCAUCCAGUCUCCAGGAUUGGUCCAAAUACUUUGAACAUACUGAGAGCAACCAAGUGUACCAAUCAAACCAAUCCAAACUCCUGAGACUCUCCUGACCUUCCUUGCACACUCUGGACAAAGAAGGGAAACUCUACACCUGCUGGAGAUGACAAACCAGUGACAUACAAAACAAAACAGAAGCACAGCAGCCGUGGAGCUGGCGUCACUUUUGGUUCGAGGUGAGGAGCCUCAUGGGACGCUGUGAGUGGGAAGUGCGCUGGAUGCACGCAGAUGGAAGCAUGCCUGAGGAAAAACCCACUGGGAGCCAAGAUUCAGACGAAGGGGCUUCCACGGGACAUUGAUAAGGAUAACGGUUUCCAUUUUGGACCCUGACAGCGUCCUUCCUUCUCUCAAGGGGACACGAUCUAUUUGGGCAUGAUCGGCGAGAGGAGAAGCUGGGUUCAGCAGUGGCACCACUGCUCUUAAAUUAUAUUUAUUGCGCUGCAAAAAAAAGUGAUUGGGUUUAGCCUGAAGAGGGAGGGGCGGAGAAAAAGACUGGCAGUUGCAAAUUAGCAGAUCACCUUUGUCCCUUUCCUGCAAUCUGUACCUCUUUCAUCAGCUCCAGGGAGAUUGGGAAGGGGGUUGUGCUCUCCUGUGAAAUGUUCUCAGCACUCAUGUGAGCAUUUACUUCUGCCCUCCAUUUAAAUCACAGCCUUGACCCUUCUGAGCUGGGCCUUGCCAAGCUGCAUGAGUUGCAUCAGACAGCAAUGUGUGCCUACCUCAACAAGGUUUGCGGUUUGUGAUCUGCUCCCCCCCCCUACAUCUCCAAAGGGGUUUUUCUGGAAAUUUGGCUGACACAAGACUUUUGGCUUUGCUCCAACUUUCCAGGAUGUGGAAAAGCUAAAAAGCGAUAGGGUAUCGUUGGUUCCCCUGCCAAGGUGAUGUAGGGCAUGUAAGAUCGGUUUUCAAUAUGUGGCCUCUUGUCCCAGACAGUGUCGCAACCAUGAGGGGACUGCUUAAAAAUCAUUUGGGUCAUGCAGGCAGAGGCCAAAACCAGAAAUUCCAUUAGUGAAUAAAUGAAACCUACUAUCUUCAAAGCCCUGCUGAAAAGCCACCUGCGACUCGCAACAGGUUUCCUCAGGAGGGGUCCCCAAUCUUUUGCAGCCCCUGGGCACCUUUGUAAUUCAGAUACUAUGUGGUGGGCGCAGUCUCAAAAUGGCUGCUGCAGGAGGUGGAGCCUGCUACAAAAUGGCUUCUACAGCUUACCUUCCGUUACAGCAUGAAGAUUCUUGUGCUGGGGUAGCAUCUGCUGCCAAAGCAGCAUUUUAAAAAUCUGCACAGCCAAUCAAAUCUCUAACACCAAUCAGAAGUCUUGUUGGAUCUGUCCUGACCACUCUCUAAAAAUACCUGGGGGGGGGGGGCAGGAAAGGUGUCAGAACGUGCCAUGGUGCCUGUGGGUGCCACAUUGUGGGCACAUGGUCUUACAUAACACUCCCUUAGUACAAGGAGGUGUGCGCAGGAAAAAAAAAUACACUGAUGCAAGCCCCUUUUAAACCAAGUGGCCAUCCUAGAGCAGUCAACAUAUUAACAGGAAUGUGGAGUCUGGUCUGCACCUAUUCAGGCUGCAGAGGUGUAUCCUAUUUUUGAAUAUUUUCCCUGCAUGUAGUAAACGAGCAGCUCAGGGAGAGGACCGUACUGAACUCUUAUUUUCACUGUUCUUGCUAUAUUACAUGCAGAAGGCUUUUUUUGAGGGGGAGCAUUCAACAGCCCAAGAGUUCCUGCAUGCUUUUAGAAGCACAGCCAAAAAUUCUGUGCAGUGUGUCCACGGGCUCCCUUUUAAAUCUCUCUGGGAGCAAGAACGGUCAUGAGCACGCGAGAGCUUCACGGCAACACCGUCACAGUCCUUGACGCACCUUGGAGGAAGUAAGUCACUUGGGUGAAAAAGAUCAGAAUUCUUCAGCACAAAAUUGACAUGCUCCAGCUCAAGGCAUGAUUCAUGCACAUUUUAGACAUGGGAAGAUUUUACGGCGUGACUUCAAUAUAAGGCAGCUUGGGCCAAAUUAGAGAAUAAGAAGAGGAGGUUGGAUUUAUAUCCCCCCUUUCUCUCCUAUAAGGAGACUCAAAGGGGCUUACAAUCUCCUUUCCCUUCC